AUGCAGUCGGUUCAGCGGCGAUUUGGCAAAUUCUUGCCCCGUACCGCCGACGAAUCUCAAGUUUCAGUGCUGCUUAAAGAUUUCGAAGAUGCGGAUAGAAUGCUCAUGAGGAUUAUUGACGCGUCCAAAGCAUGGCGAGAUUCUUGGAGGGACAUCCUGGGAACCCAGCAAAGGCUAGUUCAUGGUUUUCAGAGCAUCUAUGCUCCAAUCAUUGGGGCAAACGAGGAAUAUGAGGGUCAUGUUCCCGUCAUGACCGACGAAGCAACAGACGCGAGGACCGCAAAGCUCCAAACAACCUAUGACGAGCUUCGUACGGAUCUACUGGAGGAAGUGAGCGCGGUGGACACACGAAUCGUUAAGCCUGCAAUGGACGCCAAAGAAUGGAUUCAACCCUUGAAGAAAGUCAUAAAAAGGCGCGAAGAUCGGAAGCUGGAUUUCGAGAAAUACCAAACCAGAGUCGACAACUACCGGAAGAAGACGAAACGAUCAGAGCGAGACAAUGCUUCACUAGAGAAGGCAGAACAAGAGCUGAUCAAAGCCAAAGAAGAAUAUGCUGUGGCAGACGAACGAUUACGGUCCGGCCUUCCACCGAUCAUCAAUGCCGCCUUUUCAAUUCUGCCACAUCUCCUAGCAGCUCUGAUCAUGAUCCAGAACUCAUUGCUUGCCCAGUACUACACAUCAUUGCAUGAAUACUGCGAUGAGGAGGGGUUUCGCAUUCCUCCAACCUCCGCCUCUGAGAUAAUCUCUGCAUGGGACGCUGAUCUAAAACCAGUCAAGCAUCAGAUUGAGACGGGGAUAGCUUGUGUAGCCACGGGCAAAGCGGUGCAUAGGCCGAUGCGCAUAGAGGACAAACAUGGAAGCACGACCGGUAUGAACAUCCGUAAUGGCAUUGCCAACCAACGACGACCAAGUGGUCACCCUACGAUGCCUCCGUCUCCAGCAAUCAGUGCAGUUUCCGAACCACCAUCUGGGGAAGGAAACCCAAGACCAAGGAUAUCCUCUGUACCUUCUCAAACCUCACUAUCGUUAGCCACACCCAACUACAGCUCCUCUGCAGUCACGAGUCCGUCGCCAGGCGACUCAGGCGCGCAUGCUCCAGCAGGUCCAAGAGCAGAUUAUUUUGGCAGGGACAGAUUGGCUUCGAACUCUUCGAUGGCAUCAAUAGCGGCGAAGAAGAAGCCACCUCCGCCCCCACCACCAAAGAAGCUUCCUUCAUCACAAGGAGAUUGGGUGGUAGCCAUGUACGAUUACCCUGGCGAGGGCGAUGGUGACCUUUCUUUUAAAGACGGCGAUAGGAUACGCGUCACCAAAAAGACUGACAGCACAGACGAGUGGUGGGAGGGUGACCUCAAGGGAGUCAAAGGGAGCUUUCCUGCGAAUUAUUGCCGACCUGUAUAG